UGCCGGAUCGGGUUUACGGAGCAGUUGAGCGCGAAAGUACUCUGCUUGCAGUUUACCCACGACCUGAGUUGUAUGCUGACAGAACACGUUCUUCGGUGUACGGUAAUCGCAGGUCUCUCUCCACAUAGUACAUCCGCGACAGAGGCAAAGGGGUCCUCGGCCGCGCAUAACCCAAGCUGCAGGAAUGGUGGAGGCCUGAAGUUCAUGGGAGCCCCGGCGAAGCUGACAGUGUCUCAGGGGCAGCCGGUGAGUCUCAACUGCAGUAUGGAGGGGAUGGAGGAUCCUGACAUACAGUGGAUGAAGGACGGGGCUGUGGUCCAGGGCCUGGAUCAGGUGUACAUCUCAGUCAGCGAGCAGCACUGGAUCGGCUUCCUCAGCCUGAAGUCAGCGGAGCGUUCUGAUGCAGGCCAGUACUGGUGCCAGGUGGAGGAUGGGGAUGAAACCAAGACUUCCCCGCCAAUGUGGCUCACAGUAGAAGGUGUGCCGUUUUUCACCGUGCAGCCAAAAGAUCUUGCAGUACCACCCAAUGCCCCUUUCCAGCUGUCUUGUGAGGCUGUGGGUCCCCCUGAACCUGUUACCAUUAUCUGGUGGAGAGAACACAUGAAGGUUGGGGGACCUGCUCCCUCUCCUUCUGUUUUAAAUGUAACAGGGGUGACCAAGAGCACUGUGUUUUCCUGUGAAGCUCACAACCUGAAAGGCCUGGCCUCUUCACGCCCAGCUACUGUACAUCUUCAAGCACUGCCUGCAGCUCCCUUCAAUAUCACGGUGACAAAGCUCUCCAGCAGCAAUGCUAGCGUGGCCUGGACACCUGGUGCCGAUGGCCGAGCCGUGCUCCAAUCCUGUACAGUCCAGGUGACGCAGGCCCCAGGAGGUUGGGAAGUCCUGGCUGUCGUGGUCCCUGUACCACCUUUUACCUGCCUUCUCCGGGACCUGGCACCUGCCACAAACUACAGCCUCAGGGUGCGCUGUGCCAAUGCCUUGGGGCCUUCUCCGUAUGCUGACUGGGUGCCCUUUCAGACAAAGGGUCUGGCCCCAGCCAGUGCUCCCCAGAACCUCCAUGCCAUCCGCACAGACUCGGGCCUCAUCCUGGAGUGGGAAGAAGUGAUCCCUGAGGGUCCUUUCGAAAGCCCCCUGGGACCCUAUAAACUGUCCUGGGUUCAAGACAACGGAACCCAGGGUGAACUGAUAGUGGAGGGGACCUGGGCCAACUUGACAGUCUGGGAUCCCCAGAAGGACCUGAUCGCACGCGUGUGUGUCUCCAAUGCAGUUGGCUGUGGGCCCUGGAGUCAGCCACUGGUGGUCUCCUCUCAUGACCGCGCAGGCCAGCAGGGCCCUCCCCACAGCCGCACAUCCUGGGUGCCUGUGGUCCUGGGCGUGCUGACAGCCCUGGUGACGGCCGCCGCCCUGGCUCUCAUCCUGCUUCGAAAGAGGCGGAAGGAGACACGCUUCGGGCAAGCCUUUGACAGCGUCAUGGCUCGAGGGGAGCCAGCCGUUCACUUUAGGGCAGCCCGGUCCUUCAAUCGGGAAAGGCCUGAACGCAUCGAGGCCACACUGGACAGCUUGGGCAUCAGUGAUGAACUGAAGGACAAACUGGAGGAUGUGCUCAUCCCAGAGCAGCAGUUCACCCUGGGCCGCAUGUUGGGCAAAGGAGAGUUUGGUUCGGUGCGGGAGGCCCAGUUGAAGCAGGAGGAUGGCUCAUUUGUGAAAGUGGCUGUAAAGAUGCUGAAAGCUGACAUCAUCGCCUCGAGUGACAUUGAAGAGUUCCUCAGGGAAGCGGCUUGCAUGAAGGAGUUUGACCACCCACAUGUGGCCAAGCUUGUUGGGGUCAGCCUCCGGAGCAGGGCCAAAGGCCGUCUCCCCAUCCCCAUGGUCAUCCUGCCCUUCAUGAAGCACGGGGACCUGCACGCCUUCCUGCUCGCCUCCCGGAUUGGGGAGAACCCCUUUGACCUGCCCCUGCAGACCCUGAUUCGGUUCAUGGUGGACAUUGCCUGCGGCAUGGAGUACCUGAGCUCCCGGAACUUCAUCCACCGAGACCUGGCCGCUCGGAAUUGCAUGCUGGCAGAAGACAUGACUGUGUGUGUAGCCGACUUUGGGCUUUCCCGGAAGAUCUAUAGCGGGGACUACUAUCGUCAGGGCUGUGCCUCCAAAUUGCCUGUCAAGUGGCUGGCCCUCGAGAGCCUGGCUGACAACCUGUAUACUGUGCACAGUGACGUGUGGGCCUUUGGGGUGACCAUGUGGGAGAUCAUGACUCGUGGGCAGACACCAUAUGCUGGCAUCGAGAAUGCUGAGAUUUACAACUACCUCAUCGGCGGGAACCGCCUGAAACAGCCUCCGGACUGUAUGGAGGACGUGUAUGAGCUCAUGUACCAGUGCUGGACCGCCGACCCCAAGCAGCGCCCAAGCUUCACAUGCCUGCGGAUGGAGCUGGAAAACAUUCUGGGCCACCUGUCUGUGCUGUCCACCAGCCAGGACCCCUUAUACAUUAACCUGGAGAGAGCUGAGGAGCCUGCUGACGGACACAGCCGGGAGCUGCCUGGUGGGGGCCAGGCCUGUGGCGGGGCUGAGGGUGGCAGCGGCAUGGGGGCAGUAGGGGGCACGCCCAGUGACUGUCGGUACAUCCUCAGCCCUGCAGGGCCAGCUGAGCAGCCCAGGCAGGAAGAGCAGCAGCCAGAAAGCCCCCACAACGAGUCCCAGAGGCUCCUGCUGCUGCAGCAAGGCCUACUGCCCCACAGUAGCUGUUAGUCCAUCGGCAGGGGGCAUCUGGGGCCAUGCGGCUAGCUCUGCUGGCUGACCUAGCCCCAUCUGACCCCAGCCCAGGCAGCAAGGCGUGGAGGCUCCUGUGGUAGUCUUCCCAAGCUGUGCUGGAAGCCUGGACUGACCAAACCACCCAAUCCCAGUUCUUCCUGCAGCCACUCUGUGGCCAGCCUGGUCUCCUCAGUUCAGGCCUUGGCUGUGUGGAGGUGGGCCAGGCCUGGUUGUCUAAACCCAGGCAGCUGGCAAGAGGGGGUGGUUAUGUUUCCAUGGUUACCAUGGGUGUGGAAAGGAGUUGGGGGAGAGUGCAUCUAGCCCUGUGGGCCCCUGCUCUCCUGGCUGAGCUGCCCUGCUGCUUCAGUGCAUGCAUUGAGGUAUUUCUGGCCUAGGGGCCCAGCUGUGCCCAUGCUUGGGGUUUAGAUGCCCAGGUUUGCCCCUCCUCACAAAGAGAUACCCUUGUAUUAUUCCCCUUUAGGUGAGAGUUGGUACAGUCAGGACCUAAGCCCUGUGACAAGAGGUGGUGGGAGAUUCUCAGGUCUGAAUCGUCACCUUCUGAUUGCCAACCCUGCUUAGGCCAGGAGUAAAGUGCUCUACCAGGUCGCAGCGAGGCAUGCUGGAUUACCACAGGCUACCACUUGCCCAACUUCUAAAGGCAGUGCCCCAAGCCUGGCAAGAAGGGGUGCUGUAGGGCUUGCCCACAAAUGAGUGCGGCAAGAGAGGAGACCAGCAGCCCCUCUUCACGCCCUCGUAUAGUGUGUCUGAGCAUGCUACCAAAUCCCGAAAUACCCUGACACUAACAAAGGCAGCUGUGUCUGAGCCCAGCCCUUCCGUGCAGCAUCUCAUAGUCCCAGCUUUCCCUCUACCUGGAGACCCUCUUCUGUCCCAGGUCUCCGGAGAUGGAGAGAAAACAGGCCUGAGGGCUGGAGUGGGCGAGGGGGAGUUACUGGAGCCUGGACCCCAGCCCGGGCUGGGGGAGUGCAUGGGGUGGGCCCUUGCUGUUAAGGACAUUUCCAAAUCCGUAGAUGCUGUUUAAAAACAAAUAAAAUUGAAGACUAAAGACCUAA